GAUCGCUAUGGACCCCAAUGCAGAAAUGCUAGAGUUCAUCGACAGCAUUCAGAACAUGGAGCCUUUUCCCAACUUUGGCCACCUGGGAAUGGACGAGGACACGAAGGAGCUACAUGACGAAUUGCCUACCGUGACCUCCAUGGUUGAUGUGGGAGUAGAUGCCGGGUGUCGGGAGUUCAAAACUGAGCAGGAAACCGCAGAGGUCGAUCCGUUUGUCGAAGAAGAGUUCCUCUCCUUGAAUUACGAAUUCCCUGAGGAAGGUAGCGGCAUCCAGGAGCCGCCACCGCUGGAUCUCCUGCCCGAGCUGGAGCCCCAAUCGGAGACCCAGCCGGAGUCCCAGCUGGAGCCCCAGCCCGAGAUCCAGCCGGAGUCCCAGCCGGAACCCCAGCCUGAGUCUGAGCUGGAGCCCCAGCCGGAGCCCCAGCCGGAGCCCCAGCCAGAGCCCCAGCCGGAGCCCCAGCCGGAGCCCCAGCCGGAGCCCCAGCCGGAGCCCCAGCAGGGGGAGCUGGCCCCCGCGGCGGCUGCUGAGGGGCCACAGCUCGCCGACAGAACUCGGCGUCGCUAUCGCACCAAUUUCACUCCGUGGCAGCUGCAGGAACUAGAGAACAUUUUCCGUCGUUUGCAAUACCCCGACGUGUUCGCUCGAGAAGCAAUUGCAAGACACCUGGAUGUGGCUCAAGCCAGAGUGCAGGUUUGGUUUCAGAACAGAAGGGCCAAGUGGAGGAGACAUCAGAGAGCUAUGAUGCUAAGAAACAUGGCUCCUGUCGCUCUGCAUCCCCGUAUGCGUGUAGUCUUUGAUGGGCCUUACAAUGGAGUCCCUGUUUUAGAGCCUGCCUGGAGAUAUGUUCCUCUGGUGCCACCACAAGUCCUGCCACCUAUGCCACCUAUGAUGCCACCUAUGAUGCCUGUGCCACCUCCAUUACCUAUGCCUCACUAUGGUCUGGCCCCUGUAGGCAUGGCCUGGGCCCCUGUCAUCAAUGGUCAUUACAUGGGUCACCUUUAUUGAAGUAUGUUCAGUAUUCAUUACAAUUUUUCCAAAGUGUUUUUUUUUUUUGCCAUAGCAUACUUUUUUUGUAUACUCUGUUAAGAAUAGUUUGUUAAAUGUCUGUUAAAUGAAUUAUGCAAAUGGCCAA